AUGAUCAGAUCCCUAAAAAAGACGUUGCUGUCUCAGAACUUGGAGUCACCUAAAUGGAGUCCAGCAACGGUUGUGGUGCCCGGGUGUGAACUCCGGCAUUAUGAGGCUGGCCUAUGGGCCAGCACUGUGAUCAAAGGUGGGAGCCAGAAGGAGGCACUUCGUCAAGGGUUCAGCAAACUCUUCCACUACUUCCAGGGAGAGAAUGAGACAGAGACUAAGAUUGAGAUGACAGUGCCAGUGACCUGCUUGGUGCAGCCUGGCAACGCUGAAUACAAGGUUUCCUUCUUUGUACCAACUAAGCAUCAGAGUUCUCCACCAGAGCCCACAGACCCGGAUGUGUUCCUUGAGCAGAGGAAAGGAGCAGCCAUUUUUGUCAGGUCAUUUGGAGGAUUUGCUUCUGCGGAAAAAUUCAGCAAAGAAGCAAAAGCUCUGGCAGAUACUUUACAGAAAGAGGGCCAAUCCUUUCAUUCUGAUUUCUACUACACUGCCCGUUAUAACAGCCCUUUUACACUCUUCAACAGACAUAAUGAAGUAUGGUAUUUCAAGAAGGAAGAGCUAGAAGGGUUGUGGAUGGCAAAGAACUUCCUUGGAAAAAUUGGCAAACUUCUAGUCUAAUGGACACUAUAAUGAAGAAAACCUGGGCGCC